CUCGUAGGAGCGCUCCACCGGCGGCGUCCGCCCCUCCAUGACCCUGCCCCAAACCCUAGUCCAGCAGCGGCCUGUCGGGAUGGAUGCCACAUCUCUUCAAUAUGAGAACCAGAAGCUGGUGCAACAAUUGGAGGCACAGAAGUCUGAAAUGCAUAUAUUGGAGACCAAGUUCACGGAGUUGAGGAACGAACAAUCUUCUUAUGAUGAUACUCUGAUUUCUCUGAAUAAGAUGUGGAAUCAGCUGAUUGAUGAUUUAGUCCUGCUUGGAGUUCGGGUUGGUGGGGGUUUGGACAAUUUACAAGCGCUUGACCAUGAAGAUGUAUCAGAAGAUUCAGCUGAGUCGUGUCCUUCUGAGGAAAUAUUUCUCUUCAUGCUCUUGAAGUCAAAAAAUUCUAGAAAUAAUGACGGCAGUAGCCUGCUAAAAUUUGUUAAAGAAGCUCUUGCUUUGCGCCAUUCGGCAACUGUUGCUCUGAUGAGGUCCCUCCAAGAGGCUAUUGCUGCACAACAGGCUAGAAGUGAAUCUCUGUCAUUAGCUUUAAAUGGAGAAAAGUCAAAUGAGGAUGUUAUUGAUGCCCUUCAAAACCAUAAUAAUUACUUGAAAGAGGUGGUUGGCAAUGUCCGUCAAGCUAUUUCUGUUGUCAAUGAGAAGCACAAAAGGUAUCUGGAUGAGAUCGAGGCUUUCAAAAACAACUACCCCGAAGAAUUACAGGAAACCAAGCGUCUUUCAGGUGAGCUAGAGGAAACCAUGGCAGAGCUUGAGGAAAGUCGACGGAAGUUGGUUAUUCAACAGUUGCAGAGACAUGGAGGUUUGCUAAUGAACGGAUCUGGUUCAAAUGGUGUGAAUGGUCUUUCAACUGAUAAGUCUUCAGACAAAAGCAUGGGCUGGGGAGAUCUCAAAGAUGCUGUUGAUGAGGCUAAGACUCUUGCAGCAAACCGCCUGUUUGAACUCCAUGAGACUCAAGAGGAUAAUCUGAUACUGUCUAGGCAGUUAGAAGAUCUUCAGGGUCAACUAAAAGACGAAAAAUACAUUUUCACUUCAAAACCAUAUACAAUUCUAAGCGAUCAGUUGCAUCAUCUGAAUGCUGAGAUAGAACGAUACAAGGGUCUGGUUGAAGUAUUACAGAAUGACAAGAACCAGUUUUUGCAAAGGGAGAAAGAAAUUUGUGCAAAAGGAGAAUCAGUCGACAAUAUUAAACAAUCCAGUACCACUUGCGAGGCCAAAAUUGAAGAACUGGAAAAUCAGAUUCUGAAAUUCAUGGCUGAGAAGAAUGAUCUUGAGAUCAAGGUUGAGGAAUCCUUGCAAGAUUCAGGUAAAAAAGACUUCAAGGAUGAGAUUCAUGUCAUGGCUGCCGCACUCUCCAAAGAGAUGGAAAUGAUGGAGAAUCAGUUGAAUAGAUCAAAGGAUGCAGCUUCUGAAGCAGUAGCAUUACGUGCAGAAGCUGAAUCCUUAAGAACCCUGUCAGCUAAGAAGAUCAAUGAACACAAGGAGAUAUCUGAUAGAUACAACACACAACUCACUGAGAUCAAGUCCCUCAAAGCAUUGAUUGAGACGUUGGAAAAUGAUAAGCAGAAGUUGGAAUACAUUGUGGAUAUGUAUGGGAAAGAAUGUUCUGAGUCGAGGUAUGACUUGAUUGUUAUCAUCACCAUUCAUCAGUUAUAUUGA